GUUUCUUCACUUUGGAUCAUUCAAACAAUAAUUUCAAUUUAUACUCAUUUCCAAACAUAACCUCAAUUUUCAAUUACUAUAUUGAAACUAUAUCAAGUGGUCUCAACUCUCAAGUAUGAGACUCUUUAUAAAAAGCCGAAAGAAUUAUUGAAAACACUGUUACAUUAGAUAUUAGACUUAACUCAAGUUAGGUUAAAGGGAGAAAGAUUGUUCAAACUUUAUAAGAAGUCCACUCAUCUCAUUAACCACUGAUGUGAGACUUUUGUAAUUCUUUGACACCCACCUCGCGCCCAGUGCUUAGCAUCUGGUGUGUGGUCAAUUUUGAUUAUGUGGUUCCCAACAUCGGGUGAGACGAGUCUGCUCAGAUGCCAUGUUAAAUUAAAUCUUAAACUUAACUCAUAUCCCAAAAGCUAGAUCAAAGGGAGGAGUAUUGUAUUUAUCAUUCUUUAACAAUAGCUAAUGCAUGAAACUUAUAAUUUAUAUUGAGUUUAGAGAUAUUUUAUGAUUUCUCUCCUAAAUAAUUUCGGAAAGAUGAUUGACCAGUUAUUGCACAGAAGCAAAGGAUUUACCCGUGACCAUUGAAAGGAUAGAAGGUUUCCCUAUUGUCAAAAAAAAAAAUUGAACAAAAAGAAAAGGUUUAUGGCGUUUGAGCCAAUGAGGAAGAUACUGCGGAGAUUACAAUGUGCAGUAAACCUAGUGUUUAAAAAAUUAGGCAUAAAGACAAAAAACGCCUAAUUAUAAUCAAUCUGACCCCUCCAUUUUUUAUCCCCUUAAAAUCACCACAUCACAUCGCAUUAUUCCAUCUCCAUCGUUACUGCAAACUUUAAGCAAACAAUGGAUUCAAAGGAAAUUGAAUAUCAUGUCCCAAUGUUUUUUAAGGUCUACAAAGAUGGCAGUAUCGAAAAGUAUCGAAAACAUGAUUAUGCCCCUCCUUCCGAUAAUCCAAUCACCGGUGUUCGAUCCAAAGAUAUAGUUGUCGUACCGGAGAACAAUGUAACGGUACGCCUUUACCUUCCUAAAAUCACCCAAAAUAAUGAUCAGAAAUUUCCACUCCUUGUGUAUUUCCAUGGGGGAGCGUUUGUGAUUGAAUCAGCGUUUUCUACUUACUAUCAUAGUUAUCUCCACUCUCUAGCUGCUGAAACUAAUGUACUUAUCGUAUCCGUCGAGUACCGAUUAGCCCCUGAACACAAAAUCCCUGCUUGUUAUGAUGAUUCCUGGGCUGCCAUGAAAUGGGUCUCUCAGCAGGCCAAUAGCGAACAGGGAACUGAACCAUGGCUGAAAAAUCAUGCGGACUUCUCCCGAGUUUUCUUGUCAGGUGAUAGUGCUGGAGCCAAUAUUGCUCACAACAUGAUGAUGCAAGCAAGUGUAGAUGAAGAUAAACUUGGAGAUGGCUUAAAACUUGUUGGAAUGGCAUUAGUUCAUCCCUAUUUUGGGAACAAUGAGCCAGAUAGAAUUUGGUCCUAUUGUUGCCCAGAAAAUCCUAACACUGAUGACCCAAGAUUCAAUCCAGCAGCACAUCCAAGUUUGCUAUCGAAGCUUGUUUGUUCCAAGAUUCUGAUAUGCACAGGGGGAGCGGAUUUUAUAAGGGACAGAGGGUGGACAUACUAUGAGUCCCUGAAGAAAUGUGGAUGGAAAGGUGAAGUACAACUUAAGGAAACAGAAGGGGAAGAACAUGUUUUCCAUUUGGUUAACCCAACUUGUGAGAGAGCUAAGGCCUUGAUGAAAUGGCUAGCUGAUUUCUUUCAACAGUCGAGCUGAAUUCUUGCUCUAUAGAAUUUCAGUUGUUUCUCUUUUCUUUUUAUUGAUCAAAUAAGUAACCGUUUGGACUUGAAAUUGCGUUUGAACUCAGGAGAUAUCAUUUUCACUAUCACCGUCAUUAACUGGACUCUCCAUUUAUGGAACAUCUUGUAUUUUUCUUUUUAAAAAAUACUACUUAUUUA